GUCACGGUCAAAGUAGCAUCAGCUGAGCCUGCCACACAAUGUUGCUCCUCACCGAAUCAACUUUGUUUUUCCUUAAUCUUACUUCCAGUAUCAAUGCGACCACUCAGAAACUCGCAUUAGGUGGUCGAGUGACCAACUGGGUUUCAGGAGUCAAGCCUGGAAAGUCGGAACCAUCAUCCCGUGCAUCCAGCAUUUCGACUCGAGAGCCUCCCUCGACUAUCUUUUCACACAACACUGUUUCCUCUGCAGCAACUUCAGCCACUCAACCUCCGACUCCGAUUCCUGCAGCUCAAACCAAAUAUGUGCCUGACGAUGCCCUUACUGGUGCCUUUGGAGAUGAAAUUGAUGAUUCGUUAGAGUAUGAGGCUACUUGCACAGAGGGGAAGCAAGACAAAGGGAAAACUAAGGUCGUCUCAAUAUUCGAUGAAAACUCCGACUUUGAUGAGCCUCAGGUGGGCCAAGGACUUCUACAAUAUGAUGACUCGGAGCUUGAGUUAUCGCGGGAGCCUAGGACUCCGUUCACGCAGGCACCAAAUCUGAAAUCCUUCAAGCGCAAAGCUAAUGAAAUUCUUGUCUUAGAUGAAGUGUCAGAGGCUGAGUCUGUGGUGUCCGAUUGGUCUAUGGAAGUUGAAGGUGUCAACAACCCGAUCGUGUGUGUUGAUGAAUUGUCUCAGCCUGAACCUAUUGUGGUGAAGAAGGAGAAGGUUUUGCGUACGACAACCUCAACGUCUGUCACCACUUCUGUUGCCGAUAUGGACACUACGCCGGAGCACAUGAAAGCACGUGACGCCUAUUGUACAGUUGACUUACCUGCAGCCAUACAAGCAGACCAGCGCUGGAUGAAUAAAUAUCUCCCUACCAUAAUGCUGUGGGCUGGAAGUUAUGAAGACAUCUGGGUUAUCCCAGACGAGGUUCUUCUCCAUCACGCUCAGCUUAUUUUCGACGCAGUAUACAAAGAUCUUAAUAUUGUUCUCGUUCACAAUGGUGUGGUACAUUCACUUACUGCACAGCACAUCUCAGAAUGGCACAGUAAUUUUGGCUCAACAGCCAUAAUCAUUAUCGUGAACUUUAUGACACGUAAUUCCGACUGCGCUCCUAGCGAUCUGGCAACGUCCCUUGUCCGCGACUGGGCCUUCUUAUAUGAGAACCCUGAUAGUCCAUCUCCUCUCACAGCUUACUGCUCUCCCUUCAUCUUACAGCUGCUUGACACAGCACACCUCAACGUCAUCAAAGGGUAUGUGGAGGUUCCCUCCUUCGACAUGCAUGAGCUUGUGAUGAGCGGGAUGUCUCGCCCUCUCUGCUGUAGCGCCCUUGGGUUGAUCAAAAACAAACAAGUGAAGGUUCAGGAUGAGUUGUCGUCCGCAUCACGCAGUAAAGUGGUCAUCGAACUACCGAAGGUCCUCAACAAAUCGAUGGGGACACCAUUUUUAUUUUCGGCGACUCUCUGGUCCAAACCAACCAAGGCGUUUAUCAAGUCGAUUUUGAGCAAGCCUGCUGGGUAUGUGGAGGCCACCAUAGAAAUGGCACGCACUACAGUAAAUGACACCACUGAUACGCCGUCGAGCUUGCUCGAUGAUGAGGAGUCGGAGUCGGACGAGCGAGCUAUUACAUAUCGGUGUGAGUGA